AUGAUACCUGACACUGUGGUGUUGAUCAAUCGACUUGUUGAUCGAGUCAACACCCUUGAACUCACAUUAGGAGAAUAUUCCAUCAAUGAUAUGAGGAUAAGGGGAGCCUUAGCUGAAUUACAAAAAAAUUCGCAGCUAAUCCUGAAGAAUGGUGAUAAAAACCUGAAGGAGAUGCACCGGUAUCUAAUAGCGUUCGGCAAUAAUUCUCAUCUUGGCGCUAACGAAGCUCAAGUAUGGUUUGAAGCUCAUCAUUCGGAACUCUUGAAAAUGUUAGAUAUGUUAAUGAAUCUCGACACAAAACUCACUGAAAGUCUGGAUCUAACCCUUGGUUCGUUUGGAUCACGAAUCCCUGACUGUGUUCUGGAAUUGACACAGCUGCACAAUGUAACGAGAACUGUGAUUCAGCUGGUCCUGAAAUCUUUUCUAGUGAUAAAUCGGUUUAUUUGCUUAUCAACUCAACAGGAAGAAAUGAUUCUUGACGUUGAGAGCAGACUUAAUAGGUUGCAUGGGAUUCUACGGUGUAGUGAAAGCGAGGUUUCAAUAUAG